UGCAGGAUACCUUCCUGUUUUUUUCUCCGAUUUUUAAUGUGAAUGUGUAAUGUCUGUGAUGUCAGACUGUGAUUCUUCCUGCCAGUCUCCUCAGAAGAAUAGCAAGAAUGAUCUCAUCUGUGAACAAUGUGAGGGUUCAGUGGAUGAAGGCAGGAGGCUGAAGAGAGAGAAGAACAGAGUCUCAGCCCAGAAGAGCCGGAAGAGGCAAAUACAGAGAGCUGACCUUCUGCAUGAGGCCUGCGAGCAGUUGGAGCAGAGGAACCGAAAGCUGAAGAGAGAGGUGGACUCUCUGCAUGAGGAGCAGCGCCUGCUGUCCGAGACUCUCAGGGCCCACGAGCCCUUCUGUCCCAUCAUGCACUGCUCCUUUGCCUGCUCCACGUCGUCCAGUCUGCAGCCGAACGCCACGGCGGCACGCUGCGUCUGGGGCUACGAGUAAUGGUUCUGUCUGCAGGGAUGAGCAGUGUAACUUUAUGUCUGAAGCAGAGAUCUUCAACAGGGGGCCCCGGACCCCUAGGGGGUCUUCAG